AUUCCUCCUUAAAAAGAGUGCAGCUAUGCCUUGGAGACGAAAGCAUUCCGGGAACAGAAAGAUCAAUAGCAAGAAAAUACGCCACACGUUAAAGUUUAAGGCGUUAUUGCCGCAAUCGCCUACGACUGGAUUUUAGUUGAACCCUGAUUUGUUUUUAUUUGCAAGUGCCUUUUACUCGCAAAGAUGCCCAAAGGUUUUCUCGUGAAAAGAAACAAAAAAUCAGCGUCUGUUUCAUACAGGAUCCGCUAUGAUGAGAACGACAAGGACCAUAUGAAGGCGUUGCAGAACCAAAACACCUCAUCUCCACCCGUCUCUGUCUCAUCCAGUCCCGAUCGCGUUGCUGCAUCGCCAAACUCUACUACCGACACUCCCGCUACUGCCGUAGAGGAUGUGAAACCGGUCCAGUUCGGUAACCCGGAUAGCGUGUGCCUGGCUCUCUACAGCCCCACCCGCCCUAUCAGCAAAGAACAAGGGAGGACAUUUUUCGAGAGAAGUUUCAACCUGGGCUCGCCGAUAUCUGCCGAGUCCUUCCCAACCCCUGGGGUUCUCGCCACCUUAGACCAGUUCCUUUUUGCCCCUGUGGACUUGAAAAUCGGUUCCAGCAACAGCAACCAAAACCAUGCUGUCAGCUCCACCCUCACUGCUGCGAUCAGAACCCCAAAUAAAAGACAUCUUUCAGACCCGGAGCGCAAAAGCAAACCCUCUGCAAAGAAACCCAAACCGAUCCGGAAACUUCAUUUCGAAGACGAAGUCACUACAUCCCCGGUCCUGGGUCUCAGGAUCAAGGAAGGACCGGUUGAUUUAAAACCAAGGCCACUGUCAGGCGGAGGGAACAAACCUCUGGGGGAAUUCAUCUGUCAACUGUGCAAAGAAGAGUAUGCCGAUCCUUUCUCACUAGCCCAGCACAAAUGCUCCAGGAUCGUCAGAGUAGAGUACAGGUGUCCAGAAUGUGACAAGGUAUUCAGCUGCCCUGCAAACCUGGCAUCCCAUCGGCGCUGGCACAAACCGAGACCCCAAAACCCAACCACAAUAUCCGCGGCGCUGAGUGACAAGCCUGAAAGCGCAAAGGUGCUAUCUGGUGACCUUAAGGUCACGCCAGAAGACAUAAAAGACACUAGGAUCGAAAACGCAAACGAUCGGGAGACCCCCAGCCCUGGCUUAUCUGAAUCAGGUUCAGAGGAUGGCCUUUACUAUUGUCACCAGUGCGGGAAGAGGUUCAAACGCCAGGCUUACCUGAGAAAACAUCUCCUGGGACACCAACUCCUACAGAACAAGACCAACAAAGACCACAUCAUCUACCAGUCCUUUUCAGAUGCAGACAGCGGCGAGAAUCACAACCAGAUGUCCACCUGUAUGGAAACCCAAAGCCAAACUCCCAUCAAUCUGAGUUCCAUGGAGUGCCCCGUCUGCGGCGAGACCUUUCCCAGCAGAGCGAGUCAAGAGCGCCACCUUCGCCUCCUGCAUUCCUCCCAAGUCUUUCCAUGCAAGUACUGCCCGGCCACUUUCUACAGCUCCCCGGGUCUGACAAGGCACAUCAACAAAUGCCACCCAUCAGAAAAUAGGCAAGUCAUCCUUCUCCAAAUGCCUGUCCGUCCUGCCUGCUAAAACCACUAGAUCAGACGUGCCUUUAUUA